CACCAGACACGGACAGAAAAACACUUCAGACUCUGCUCUGCUGUCCUGUGCUGAUCUGCAAGGUUUUACACUGAAUGAAGAUGAGUGGAGUUUCAUUUGAUGCAAUGAUUCAGAGAAACUCUUCAGGAGGAGGGAGAACGUCUCUGUGGUUUCUGGUUCCCAUCAGUUUGCCUGUGUUCACACUGCCUGGAAUCUGGAUCAUAUAUGCGAUGGCCCUUUACAAUCAGCACAUUUGUCCUGUGAACAACUGGGUAUAUAACUCAACCUGUGAGACGUCUUUGGUUCUUCAGAGCGGAUCUGAUCUGUGCUGCACGCUGGACAACAUCCCACUCAUCAGUAAAUGCGGCGGCGUUCCUCCAGAGAGCUGCUGGUUCAGUCUGCUGUGCAGCACUGCUUCAUUCGUGGUGAUUGUGAUUGGUCUGCUGCGUUACGCUCAGCUCAUCCAUAAGCACAGCAACAGCGUGUUGAACAUCGAGGGUCUGUUUGCCGGAUGGCUCUGUGCUGCAGGACUCAUGAUUGUGGGAAAUUUUCAAGUGGAUCAUGCUAAAGUUCUUCAUUAUGUGGGUGCGGGUCUGGCCUUCCCUGGCAGUCUGCUGUUUGUGUGCGUGCAGACGAUGCUUUCUUAUCGUGCAGCCGAGACGCCGAGAGACUUCCAGACGGCUCAUCUGCGGCUGACGCUCACCGCACUGGCCUUCACCACCCUCAUACUCAGCGGUGUGUUUUUCAUUCAGGAGAGUUUUGUUCUCCAGCAUGCGGCUGCUAUAUUGGAGUGGAUGUUUGCCAUCAUCGUGCUGCUGUUUUACAGCUCCUUCUCGCUCGAGUUCGGCUCCAUCUCUUCAGAAACACUCGGCGCUCUGAUGACGAGACGAGCCGGCGCGUCUGAGGAGGGACAGAAACUAGAAAAAGUCUAGACCAACGUCUGAAGUGUGAACCUCAGCCUAAAGAGAACAUGUGAACCUGCUGGAAAAACCUGUGCAACCUUUAGCUGCAUUACAGACAAUUUGAAUUUAAGAAUGUAGAAUAAAUCUUUGUUAAGAUUAACAGAGAAUACUUUGAUGAGCUUUUAGGAGCAAGACAUGAAAUGUUAUGUUUAUGACUGGGAGUAAAAAAUAAAUAACAGUAAACACCAUAGGCGGAGGGUGAAACAAUUCAGGGUAAGGCUAAAAUUUGCCUUUUGCCUUUAUUUGAAUAAAAAUAAAAUAAAGAGUUUUAUCUCACAAUUCUUACUCUUUCUCGCAAUUGUGAGGUUAUAUCUCGUAGCUAUUUCUGACUUUUCACAAUUCAGAUUUUUUUUCUCAGAAUUGUGAGUUAUUGUGAACUCGAGUUGUGAGUUAUAAAGUCCAAUUCUGAGGGGAAAAAAGUCUAUUUUCUUACAAAUGCGAGUUUAUAACACAAUUCUAAGUAUAUAAACUCGCAGCUUAAAAAAAAGUCAGAAUUUAGAGUUUAUAUCAUGAAAUUCUGAGAAGAAAAAAGUCAGAACUGCGAGACGUAAACUUGCAAUUACAUGGAAAAAUGUCAGAAUUGUGAAAUAAAAAGUAUAGUUACCUUUUUUUUAAAUUCAGUGGCAGAGAAAGGCUUCCAGAUACACUGUAAAAAAAAUACAUCUGUAAAAUAACAGAAAAAGUACUGUGGUAAAUACAUAAUUAUGGAAGAGCUGUUUUGUGAAAAAUGUGAUUUCUCAAAACAAAUGCGCACUUUAGUGUGGUUAUUUAUUUACUGGCAGCUGUAUUGGCAAUAUUUGCAUAAUUCUGUCUGGAUUUUUUCAAGUGCCUAAUAAUUCAGUGUCUUGAUAUUCAAUUAACAACAGUGUUCUUGAAAACCAUGUGUGAGCUUUAAUUAUAUUACAGUUGCAUGAUGCUGCAUUUUAUUGUUUGCACUGUACCACUUUUCUAUGGUUUAUCUUCAUGUCCACACUAUGACCUGCUGUAUAUUACUGUAUAUUUAUUACAAUUUGAUAAAAUAUUUGAUAAAAAUAUUUGAAGGAAGACAAGCUGAGCAAUUAAAUAAUGAAUUACUUUAAAAAAAUGAGUGGGUAAAAACAUGUAGGCUACAAACACUUUGAUUUAUUAUAGCAUGAUCCCAGCUAACAGGGAAUGUUCUCACAACUUUCAUUAACGUUGUUAAAGUUAUAUAAAUUUUACAAAAAACGUUUUUAAAGUAAUGUUUUUGGAACUUUCUUAUAACUUAAUUAAUGUUUGAUAUACUGUACGUUCUCAUAACAAUGAGAGAAAACGUUUUGAGACCAACAUGUCCUUAUGAUGUUAUUUAUUUGUAUUUGAUAAACGUCUAAGAAACGUUUCUAACCUUUAAAUAACGUUCUAAUCAAAAGAAAACUGGACAUUUAGAUUUUUAAAAAUAAUUCUCAAACGUUUAAUGUUGAAGAAAAAUAAAGUUAGUAUAUUGCUGUGAGAAAUGUGUUCUUUUUACCUUUAAAUAUCGUUAUAAUCAACAAAAAAACGGGACAUUUAACUUUUCUCAGAGUAUAUAAAAAAUGGACGGUCAAAUAACGUUUUAUUUUGGGU